UUUGGGCAAGAUAUUGGGAGAUAUUUGCGAGACUCCGAGAGACCCUCCCUGUGUAAGUAUUGUGCCGUCCCUUAUACAGAAAACACAAAUCCAUACGUCACGAGACGUGAGGACAUGUUUGCCAUGGACCGGGCCGGGAGAGUUUGCAGGGCCUGCCACCCGUAUCAUAGGCUGCCCAAGUGCGGGAGCCGGGCCAUGAAAGUACUCAUCGCGCAGCUGGAGGAGAGGAACCACUUCAAGUUUUUUACCGACAAAAAUCUUCACGCGAAGGCACUCAGUGGUGAACAUUUGCUUCGGUUUGCACAGAUGAUAGACAAGCUACCGCUUCCAUCCAUUUACGAGAAACACACCUACUUCAUCGACUUUCCAUUGUUGGAUGCGAAACAGCCGAUCUACAUAAACCUGGUCAGGGACCCCAUAGAGAGACGAGUGUCUGCCUACUACUUCCUCCGGUACGGGCGGUACGGGAACGACUUUUCUCCCAUCCUGAAGCUGAGACGAACGGAAGAACAGAGGAACCAGACAUUUGACUACUGUGUCGUCAACAACUUGCAUGAGUGCAGCGCCACCGAACCCAACAGCUUCAUACUGACGCAGUACUUCUGUGGACAAAGUACAAUAUGCUCGAAACCUUCGCAGGCGGCUGUUGAAGUGGCGAAGGAGAACAUCCGGCGGCACUACGCUGUGGUCGGGGUACUGGAGGAGUUCAGCAGCUUCCUGAAGGUCCUGGAGGUGGUCAUGCCGCAGUUCUUCCGCGGAGCUCUUACGGAGUGGAAACAAAUCGGUUUUGGACACAAAGAGGGCCUAACACCGAUACAACCACGGGCUGAACAUGUCCAGGAUAAGACAACAUCGAGCCUCUGCCCAUGUGUCAACCAUAGCUACUCUACGGCUACUAAAGUCUUCUACAAUAGAAUGCCAAAGUCUGGAAGCAACACCGUCAAAAUACUCAUCAGAAAACUGAAAGACAGAAAUGGCUACGACUUCUUUGAAGAUCCAACCUAUUUAGGACAAUCAGUGCUUUAUGGCAGAAACUUGAGUAACUUCGCGCAAAUGAUCCACAAACUCCCAACGCCAUCUAUUUACGAGCACCACACUUUCUAUGUAGACUUUCAACAGUUAGGGUUGCAGCAGCCCGCGUACAUUAACCUGGUCCGGGACCCCAUAGAACAGCGGAUCUCCGGGUAUUACUACAUGCGGUUUGGACGAGAUGGCCAAAACCUCACAGCCGAACACAUGCAGAGAAGAACAGACGAAGAAAAAUCACAGACAUUUGAUGACUGUGUUUUUAACAACCUGUGGGAGUGCAAUGACAAAAGUAUCCGCUCAUUUCUGCUGACAAGAUUCUUCUGUGGACAUGAAGCGAUAUGCCUGAAGCCUUCCCAGCUGGCAGUCGAGAAAGCUAAAGAGAACAUCCGGCGGCACUACGCUGUGGUCGGGGUACUGGAGGACUUCAGCAGCUUCCUGAAGGUCCUGGAGGUGGUCAUGCCGCAGUUCUUCCGCGGAGCUUAUGAAACGUGGCGGGAAAUCGAGUCGACUGAGAAGAUCGAAGGGCUGAAAACGGCCAACAAGAGACCUGUUUCUGAGAAGGCGCGGGGGAUAAUGAGAGAAAGACUGAAGUUGGACUACCAAGUGUACCACUUUAUAAGGGAGAGAUUCCACAUGCAGAAAACACAGUUGGGGAUCGAGGAACAUGUAUCUCUUAAUGUUGGGAAACAUCCAGUAGUAUCGCGUGGCAGAGGCUACCUCUUGUCUUGGAGAUCGCCUACCGAUAGGAACUGGAAAUACCGGUUACACAGAGAAAGGACGUUCUGGCCCGCAGGCGCUGUGUCACCUGAACGGAACUACGUCACACAAAUGAAGGCUGCUGGGGAAGUCAGGCUGUUCAUCGCUCUCGUUGUUUUGACUGGAUUAUGGAUCAUACUGCAGCUGUAUCAUACUCCCAGACAAGAAUCUACAACUGAACGAACCCCGGCGCUACUGAAGCAGAAAUCAUUGGUAGACGCCAGACUCCGGGACAAACCUCUAGUAUUCUACAACAGAGUGCCGAAGUGCGGAAGCAACUCCAUGCUGAUUCUGCUCAGGAAGCUAGCCAAGAAAAAUCACUUCGCCUUUCACGAAGACAGGGUCUAUGUGAUAGAAACGUUCGAAGCGGAUGAGUUGCAAAUCUAUACAGAAUUGGUCAACCGACUUCCGACUCCUUCUAUCUACGAGAAGCAGAUAUUCUACAUUGAUUUUCGGAGACACGGGUUCCAACAGCCUUUGUACAUCAACCUGGUCAGGGAGCCUUUAGAAAGACGCGUGUCCUGGUACUACUAUAUACGCUUCGGACGGGUUUCUCACAGGGCACUACCGAGGAACUUCUCACAGCAGGAGAUGGCGCAGACAUUCGAUGAAUGUGUCUUCAACAACGCAUGGGAGUGCGACGCUCAGGGACAAGAGAGCUUUCUGAUGACGAAGUAUUUCUGCGGGCACGAUUCGAUUUGCAGGAAGCCUUGCCAGCUGGCAGUAGAGAAAGCCAAAGAGAACAUCCGGCGGCACUACGCUGUGGUCGGGGUACUGGAGGAGUUCAGCAGCUUCCUGAAGGUCCUGGAGGGGGUCAUGCCGCAGUUCUUCCGCGGAGCUCAUGACACAUGGAACAAAAUAACCCAAGACACAGAACUUCUGGAACAACAAAGAACUGUAAACAGAUUCCCUCCAUCUCUGAGAACUGGGAAAAUCAUGAGGGACAGACUGAAGUUGGACUACCAAGUGUACGACUUUAUAAAGGAGAGAUUCCACAUGCAGAAAAAACAACUAGGAAUAGAGGACUGAGCAAUCAUAGACACUUGGAAUAUGUGCAAAUCAUCAAAUUCAAGUACAGCUAGGAAUCAAGGACUGAGCAAUGCUGAGAUAUAUGCUGCUAUUAUAGUUAUCCUUGGCUUUGCUCCCUAAUACAACUGUGCAAUUAUGACUUCAACACUCAUUAAAUGCAUGUUGAGCAGUGUGUUUAUGCUAUGAUCUAAUGCUCUGUGUGAGUUCAGUCUAGAAAUUAGCAUAUAUUAGAUAGUCAAUAACUUUUUUGUGGUCACAGUUUUAAUAUUCAUAUUUAUACCAUAACUAUAAUGUGCCAAUAAAACAUAAUUAUCUAAUGUA